AUGCAGUUUGAUGAGGUUGUGUACAAAAUCAAAGACAAAAAAGGAGGAAUAUUUAAGAAGAAAACAAAAGUAGAAGAGAAAACAAUCUUAAAAGGAGUAACAGGAAUUGUAAAACCAGGUGAAAUGCUAGCAAUGUUAGGUCCAUCAGGAAGUGGCAAAACAACAUUGUUAACAGCAUUAGGAGGAAGACUUGGUGGAAAACUUUAUGGAAAAAUAACAUAUAAUGAAAAACCAUUUUCAAAUACAAUAAAAAGAAACACAGGUUUUGUUACACAAGAUGAUGUUCUUUACCCUCAUUUAACAGUAACAGAAACACUUGUUUUUACAGCACUUUUAAGAUUACCAAAUACAGUUACUAAAGACGAGAAAGUUUCGCAUGCGAAAAAUGUUAUUGAUCAACUUGGUUUAACAAAGUGUAAAGAUAGCAUUGUUGGAAGUGCUUAUCUAAGAGGUGUUUCUGGUGGAGAAAGGAAAAGAGUUAGUAUUGGACAAGAAUUGCUUAUAAAUCCUAGUUUAUUGUUUCUUGAUGAACCUACUUCUGGUUUGGAUUCUACAACAGCGCAAAGGAUUGUGUCGACUUUGUGGGAUUUAGCGAGAGGUGGAAGGACUAUUGUGAUGACAAUACAUCAACCUUCAAGUAGAUUAUAUUAUAUGUUUCAUAAAGUUUUGUUACUUGCAGAAGGGAAUGUUGUUUAUUUUGGAAAAGGUUCUGAAGCUAUUGAAUAUUUUUCUAAUAUUGGUUAUUCUCCUGCUAUGGCUAUGAACCCUUCAGAUUUCCUUUUGGAUCUUGCAAAUGGUAUCUACACUGAUGACAUGAAUCAAGACCAUAACAUAGACAAGCAAAAAUUGAUUUCAGCAUUUAAAAGUAACUCUGAAACACAGUCAAAACCAGAAGAACAUCAAGAAAUCAAUGACUCUGAUACAAGUCAGGGGAGAUUUCAAGAGACAGGUUCUGGAAAAUGGCCUACUAGUUGGUCACAACAAUUCUUUGUAUUAUUAAGAAGAGAUGUCAAAGAGAGAAAAUAUGAAUCGUUCUCUGGCUUAAGGAUUGGUCAAGUCCUUGUGGUUGCACUUAUGUCAGGACUACUUUGGUAUAAAUCUGAUAUGUCACACUUGCAGGAUCAGAUUGGACUACUAUUCUUCAUAACAGGCUUUUGGGGUUUUUUCCCUCUCUUCCAAGCAAUCUUCACCUUCCCACAAGAACUAAUGAUGCUCGAAAAAGAACGAUCCUCGGGAAUGUAUAGACUCUCCUCAUACUUCAUUUCAAGAAUGGUAGCUGACCUACCAAUGGAACUAGUCCUCCCUACAAUCUUCCUUCUCAUAACAUAUUUCAUGGCAGGACUCAAAGCAACAAUGAUAAACUUUUUUCAAACACUUUUCAGUCUCUUACUCAAUGUCUUAGUUGCACAAGGAUUAGGACUAGCACUCGGCGCCGUUGUACUAGAUCAAAAAUCGGCAACGACACUUGCAUCAGUAAUCAUGCUAUGUUUCUUACUUGCUGGUGGAUUUUAUGUUCAGAAUGUUCCAAAAUUUAUAGCUUGGGUGAAGUAUAUUUCUAUUAGCUACUAUACAUAUCAGCUAUUUAUUGGAUCACAAUAUCAUAGUGGUGAGACAUACCCUUGUUCUAGUGGACAGUGUCUUAUUGAAGAGUUUCCUCCUAUAAAACAAGUGGGGUUUAAUAUGAAUGGACAAGGGUUGGCUGCAAUGGCUCUUGUUAUAAUGUUAAUUGGUUAUAGACUUAUAGCUUAUAUUGCUCUUAUGAGGAUUGGUGUCACAAAGAAAAAGGCUUAA